GGCUUGAUGCAUAUGCGGCAGAUAGAAGCCGUUGGAUAUUUGCAGUUUAUUUGGAUGAGAUGUGGUGAGCCAAUCGGUAGGUAUAUUCUUGCCAUGGACCGUUAAUAUGCCAUAUGCCAUCCAAAACGGACGGAAGACAUCACCAUACGAGCGCUUUGCAAUCAUGCAACGUCAUACCGGUUAAGUACCCUAUGGCUCAGUAGAGAAACAUACAUCUUUGGGAUCCUAUGAAGAGCUGUCAAGCUAUCUCCACUAUAUGUAUGAUUCCUGUUGUAUGAACGGUUGUCUCCAGAGACCUCAAUGCUUGGCCACGUAUAUAUUUGGUAUGCCAGAUUUCUUCAUCCAAUCCGAUUUCUCGUUUCAUCUUAUACCUCUGUCUAUAACCUGCCGACCUUGUCCCCCGCUCCCCACGAAACUGACAUAGAUUCGUACAUAGACAUAGAUAUGGUGUCCCUCACUCCUUUCAUUCUUUCAUCAUCAUUCUCAUGUUCGAGAUCGGGUUCUAAAACGCGCUCAAAAAUCAAGUCGAAAUUGCUUGCAGGAAAAACCUCAUACACAACAUACUGUGCACAUAAUACUUCUCGUGAACGACUUCUUAUUCCUUCAGAUCACAGCCUCGCCGAACCUGUUCAAGAUUUCCAAGAACCUCGUCGAUCAUCACCUAGUCAGCAUUGGUACUUUCCAAAUCAUUCGAAACGUACGAAAGACGAGGCAGGUAGCUCAAAGAAUGAAUUCGCGGGAUAUUAUCUCCUUGCAGUGGCUUCAAGACCCGCUCAGUCGAUGGAAAGACGACCAACAGAGAAAAGAGACUCGCCCAGCACUGCAUCAAAUUCUUCACCUUCUACGAACGGUAACGUGAAUAAUAUUUUUAGAGAGACUGUUGAUUCAACAGCGAUCGAUACACAGGGUGAGCGACGGAGGUCAUAUGGUAUUGGGGGAGCGGGAAAUAUCCGUAAGUAACGUUCUCGGUGUUUUGCUUGCACUAGCAAUGUUUUGAAUCAUCUAACAUUUAUGGAUGCAUAGGAAAACCAUCAGAGAUGAUCUAUACUCCACGCGAGAGACGUAGAUCCAGUGUCUUCAAUAGUCCCUCGGUCUCUCCAUCCACUUCUUCUGGUACGAAAAGAGGAACCUUCCUGUCAUGGAUUGGAAUUGGAAGCGGCAAAAAAGAUGAAGAACAGUGCGCAAUAAGGGGAAUCUUUGUUUUAGAAUGAGAAGAGAGAAUAAAACCGAAGAAUAUGAUGUUGUCACGGAUGAUGAAGCAGUGAUAGGGAAUACCCAACUGGGCCAAUACAAUGGAACCUGGGCAUGAGAUAUGGAAUCGGAGAAUGAACAAUGGGAAGAGCAAGAUUGGACCAUGGAUGUAUUUCAUAUGAAGGAUUUCUGAAACAUGGGAUAUAUUAUUUCAGGGUAUGAAUUGGAAGGCUCUCCUGGCAUAGCAAUACAAAACGAACUUCG